AUCCACCAUGUUCAUAUGGAUAGUCCACAUCACAAUCCACCCUGUUCACAUCUGUUAAUCCACCAUGUUCAUGUAGAUAGUCCACAUCACAAUCCACCCUGUUCACAUCUGUUAAUCCACCAUGUUCAUGUGGAUAGUCCACAUCACAAUCCACCCUGUUCACACCUGUUAAUCCACCAUGUUCAUGUGGAUAGUCCACAUCACAAUCCACCCUGUUCACAUCUGUUAAUCCAUCAUGUUCAUGUAGAUAGUCCACAUCACAAUCCACCCUGUUCACAUCUGUUAAUCCACCAUGUUCAUGUGGAUAGUCCACAUCACAAUCCACCCUGUUCACAUCUGUUAAUCCACCAUGUUCAUGUGGAUAGUCCACAUCACAAUCCACCCUGUUCACAUCUGUUAAUCCACCAUGUUCAUGUGGAUAGUCCACAUCACAAUCCACCCUGUUCACAUCUGUUAAUCCACCAUGUUCAUGUGGAUAGUCCACAUCACAAUCCACCCUGUUCACAUCUGUUAAUCCACCAUGUUCAAAUCCACCAUGUUCAUGUGGAUAGUCCACAUCACAAUCCACCCUGUUCACAUUUCAGUUCAUCCAUCAUGUUCAUUUAGUUAAUUAAAUUCACCCUUGUCACUUUGUUCACAUUCCAAUUAACUUUGUUCACUUCAACCCUUCACAUUUCAAUGAACCCACCCUGUGAACCAAGACAAAUCCCAAAUCACAUUCCAAUCCAUCACAUUCACUUAAUUCGCCAUCUGACUCCACCUUUGUCACUUAGGCUGGAGGCAAUAAUUAAUUCAUCCUCUUCACCUGGACAGGAAGUUCUAGGUUUUGUCUUGUUUUUAACAAAAUUUUUGUAAAUAUUUGUUUUGUUUAUUCAUUGUUUUUAAAAAAUGUAUUCAUAUAUGUCUAUAUA